AUGGCGGAUAAGGCUCUAUCAGAGCAUGUCGAGGAGAGAAAGAGUCAGGCGCCUACCGAGACUAAUUCGAUGACAAUGAAAGGAAACCAACCGCCAUCAGACUUCGACCCUGCUGCCGAAGCACGGUUGAAGCUGAAAAUCGACCUUUAUAUCCUCCCGACAGUGGCGCUCAUGUACCUGUUUUGUUUCAUCGACAGAGCGAAUAUCGGCAAUGCAAGACUCGCGGGCCUUGAAGAGGACCUCAACAUGUCGGGCUACGACUACAAUACCCUCCUCUCAGUCUUUUACAUCUCCUACAUCGUGUUCGAGCUCCCAUCGAAUAUCGCCUGCAAAUGGAUCGGACCAGGCUGGUUUAUCCCGGGCUUGACACUCGCCUUUGGAAUCUGUUCGAUCGGCACCGCCUUUGUCCACACCUUUGACGCUGCCUGCGGCGUCCGUUUCCUACUUGGAGUCUUCGAGGCGGGAAUGAUGCCCGGCAUCUCAUACUACCUCUCUCGAUGGUAUAGAAAAAGGGAACUUGCCUUCCGCCUCUCAAUGUACAUCGUCAUGGCCCCCCUCGCCGGCGCGUUCGGAGGUCUUCUUGCAUCGGCGAUUCUAAACCUCGAGUCCUUUGGCAGCCUCAAGGACUGGCGCAUGAUCUUCGCAAUCGAAGGCAUAAUAACCGUGGGCAUUGCCCUCAUCGCCUUCCUAACCCUAACCGACCGCCCCGAAACAGCGCGCUGGCUCACCGAGGAAGAAAAAGCCCUUGCCAUUGCGCGCGUCGUAUCUGAAAUCGAACACACAGGGCAAACCGUUGUCCUAGACAAACUCGACAAGACGAAACUUCUCCGCGGGAUCCUCAACCCCGUCGUCCAAGCUACAUCGUGGGUCAUGCUGUUCGCAACAGUAACAGUGCAGGGUCUCGCUUUCUUCUCUCCCACCAUCGUGCGCACAAUCUACCCGGAGAAAAGCGUCACGGCACAACAACUCCAGACCGUCCCGCCGUACAUCGUCGGCGCUGUAUUCACACUUUUAAUACCAUAUCUCAGCGGCCGCCUCGACCGCCGCCUCAUUUUCUUCAUCAGCACCCCACUUCUGAUGGUAACAGGGUACACGAUCUUCCUCGCAACUGACAACGCGCGGGCUCGCUACGGCGCAACAUUCCUCAUCGCCAGCGGCUCCUUCCCACUAGGUGUGCUCUGCAACGCACACGGGGCUGCGAGCGUGGUUAGCGACACAGCCCGGGCGUCCGCAAUCGGACUUGUCGUCAUGUUCGGCAAUAUCGGCGGGCUGAUCGCGACGUGGUCGUUUCUGCCGUUCGAUGGGCCAAAUUAUCCGAUUGGAAAUGGGUUGAAUCUGGCGACGGCGGCGGCGUGUUUUUUCAUUAGUGUGGGGUUGUUUUGGUGGUGUCGGUGGGAUAAUCAGAGGAGGGAUGCGGUUGGGGAUGUUGAGGGGGAUAGAGUGUUGGAUGGGUUGGAGCAGAGGCAGGUGGGGGAUUUGGAGUGGAGGCAUCCGUUUUUCAGGUGGAGGAUUUGA